CGGGUUUUCUGGUAUUUGCCAGCAAGAUUGCAUCGCAAAACCAUGCUAGAGUCAGAGAGAGAAUAUAUGGCGUCGCUGCUUGACAGCGUCGACUGCAUCGAAUAUCUUCCGCUGUUUGAGGAGAAUGACAUCACGCCCGACCUACUGCCGUCGUUGGACAAACACGCGAUCAAGGAGAUGGGAGUGAGCAAGGUGGGCGACCGGUUGCGGAUGCAGGUUUUGAUAAAGCUGACGAACAUUGAGCGGAUCAAGAAGGACGUGCCUGUGGAGCUGUUGAGCAAGAGUAUCAACGUGGCGGUGAACUCGAUGAUGCAGCUGGAAGAGCAGGUGAGGGCUGCGCAGGGUCACAAUGAUGCAACAGGUGGCAACACAGGUGUUGUAUCGAUCAGUGUGAUUACUCAGGAUGGUGAGGUACACCCGGUGGACGUGGGCAAACGGCGAAGCGGCUCGGAGACGGACACGAAGAAGAAGAUUGUGCUUUCUGUGCUCGGGACGUCCAAGACACACGAGUGGAGUGUGUACUACGUGGACUACGCGGAGGGCGGCACUGUGCAUGAGGUGAGCGGCGGGGAGCUCGACCGUCUUGUUGCGGAGGGUCUGCCCGAGAAGGACCGGCUUGUGCUGUGUCGGGCGCAGGAGAGCGUGAGCACGGAGGCGGUGAACACGUCGAACCGGAUCCACCGGCGGAGGAAGACGCCUGCAGCGGGCGGGGCUGCUGCUGCUGCUGCUGCUGCUGCUGCCACGAGACGGGACCGGGAGAUCAACCAGUUCAUGGGUGGCCGGCCUCCGAGCCAGAUGAUCAGCACGAAUCUCCGGGAGUACUUCCCCGAGUUGGGCCACGGGGAGAUUGAGGACAUCCGGCGGAAGUCGAUGCGGUUGUCGAUGUACAGCAGCAAGAUGAUGGACCGGUUGAGCAGGGCGCUGCCGGCGUCGCCGGAGGCGAAGACGAAGCGGGAGACGUUGUACGGGCGGCUCAGCAGCCUGUCGCUGAUGUCGAGCCGGCUGUCUGUGUACAGCGACGCGAGCUACGGGGUCGGGAUGCCGCUGCGGAUGGACCACCACAGGCAGGAGGCGGAGGCGGGGGCAGAGGCGGACACGAUCAUCGAGGACGAGCACCCGAACAGCAUCAUCGAGUUGCUCGACGAGAGCGACGGCGACGGCGACGGCGACGGCGACGGCGACGAGGAGAGCGAGGAGGAGCUCGGGGUGAUCAGCCGGGAGGUGGCGAACGGGCCCAGCGUGUGGCACAAGGGCCCGAAGAUCGGGCAGGGCUCGUUCGGGAACGUGUACCUCGGCUUGAACGGGCUGACAGGCGAGUUGAUGGCGAUCAAGCAGGUGGACAUGCCGCAGAACGAGACCGAGCGCUCGAAGAAGACGAUGGUGGGCGCGUUGAAGCAGGAGAUCUCGCUCUUGAAGGAGCUGAGCCACGACAACAUUGUGCGCUACCUGGGCUCCAACACCGACCACACGCGCAUGUACAUCUUCCUCGAGUACGUUCCCGGCGGCUCCGUCAGCAGCAUGCUCAAGAUGUACGGGCCCUUCGAGGACCGUCUUGUGCGCAACUUUACGCGCCAGGUCAUUGUCGGCUUGGUCUACCUCCACAGCCGCGGCAUCAUCCACCGCGACAUCAAGGGCGGCAACAUCCUCGUCGACAACAACGGCAGCGUCAAGAUCGGCGACUUCGGCAUCUCCAAGAAGACUGCUGUGGACGACCCCGACCCUGCUGCUGCCGCUGCCGCUGCCGCCGCCUCCCCCAAGCCCAACAAGCGCUCCUCGCUCCAGGGCUCCGUCUUCUGGAUGGCUCCCGAGGUUGUCAAACAGGUUGCCUACACUGACAAGGCCGACGUGUGGUCUGUUGGCUGUCUUGUUGUGGAGAUGUACACGGGCCGCCACCCGUACCCGGGGCUCAGCCAGAUGCAGGCCAUCUUCCAGAUCGGAACCGGCAGGGCUCAGCCCGGCAUCCCGGCCCGCGCCCUCGCCGACCCGCGCGCCGUGGAGUUUCUUGGCCAGGUGCUUGCGCCGGAUUACGUCACGCGGCCGCGGGCGGCGGAGCUGCUGGCGCUGCCCUUCCUCCAGCAGGAGUAGUCAAGAGAAGAGAAGAGGAGGGGGGGCAACGGGGCAACGGGGGCACACGGGGCACACGGGGCAACGCCCGGUUUGGGACAGCAGAGGCGGCUCAGAAGAAACACAGCACAGCACAGCACACAUGGACAGCAGCAACG